AGACUCCCCGCUUUACCGGAAAGCGGAAACCGGCGAAAAAACCGGAACCUGAUUUUCUUUCUGAAUGUGAAUCCUCUAAUUUUUCACAUUUUGAACACCAUUUUUUAAAAAAGAAUUUCACUUCGGAAAAUAUUGUGCAGUAAUUUGAGCUCCAGAUGGGAAGAUUCAGCUGGCUAGGGCUAUGUCGGCGGCAUUUGCUGUCAACGACGACGUCGGAAUGGCCCGUUAAUCGACUCGAUUGGUGGAGGGGAGUUUCUGCAGUUUCUUCGUUUCUGGACUCAUUAAAUCGUACAAGAGCUUUGCACAGUUGCAGAUCUGUUAUCGGAAAACAUGUCGAUUUUAAGGCGGCCGGAAUGCCAUUGUGAGAGGGUUAGAUUCAUGCAACAGGAUCAUGCUAAUCCGCUAAACAAGACUAUUAUGAAAUUCUUGGUGUGUCAGAAAAUGCCAGCUGAGAUGAUAUGAAAAAGGCAUAUCACGCACUUGCCAAGAAGUACCAUCCUGAUGCAAAUAAGAAUAAUCCUUCUGCUAAGAGGAAAUUUCAGGAGAUUAGAGAUGCAUGCAAGGAAUCAUGUUUUACAUUCUACAAACUUCAACUUUACUAAGUUUUAGUUUCAAACUAGGGGACAUUAGUGGAUGCUUUUCUCUUCAUUUGAUACCCAUUCAACGAUAAACAUUCGCGAGUUAAAAGUUUUGAUGAUCCCAUCUUUGCAAGAGAUGGUGCAGAUGUGUAUGUGGACUCUAAGAUUAGCUUGACUCAAGCCAUCUUUGGUGGUAAAGUUCAGGUGCCAAUACUUUCAGGGAAGACAGAAGUGAAAAUACCAAAAGGAGUUCAGCCUGGCCAAUUUCUAGUUCUAAGAGGGAAAGGUAUCUUAGACCAGGUCUCCUUUCUUCUUGUUAGUUUUUGAUAAAAUUUUGCCACAGAAAACAUUCUUUUCUUACAAGCUCCUGCAGGACUGCCAAAGCAUGGUUUUUUUGUUGAUUGUGGAGAUCUAUUCGUCCACUUCUGUGUUAACUUUCCUACUGCAAUAAAUGAAUGUUGUCUUGCUAUUUUAGAAGAAUUUGCGUAGGAGGAAAUUGAGAAUGAAAGGAAAAACUUUUUCAGAGGAAAUUGGUGGGAGAAAAUUCAUGAGCAUGUGAUGGGUCCUGACUUCUUUAUUGAAUUUUCUUUGUUCUUGCUGAUCCUUGUCUUCCUGAACAAGAUUGUGGGCUAGAUUAUUGGAAGACAAUAUGCCUGAAGAUAGUGAAUGAUAUAGGACAUGCUGCCCCCUCCAUUUUCUGGGGAAUUAUAUCCAUAGAAGGUACCAAUUUCUUCACACCAUUUUUCUCUCCCAUUUUUUGGCAUCGCAUCAUAUCAAUGCCUUCAUUUUGCUUUUCAUUUUGUUAUUUCCCUUUGUAUUUUCACACUUAAUUCUUGUAUAGAACUUGUUUUUCAGUUAUAAAAAUAAAGUCCAUUGAAUCUG